CCUCAGUGUUUGAACUCUGUUAACCAGAAGCCCUCGCACGGCCGCUGCGGAAGGUGGAAUUCCUCAGUUAUUCGUUCUAGCCCGCAAUUAGCGGAACCUGUUGGAUUGGACUUCAAGGCUCUGCGGGGCUGCACGAGAUUCGUUGCUACCCCGAGGCCCCCGCCAUGCCUCACAUCGAUAGCGAUGUCAAACUGGACUUCAAGGAUGUCUUGUUGAGGCCCAAACGUAGUACCCUUAAGUCUCGAAGUGAGGUGAAUCUCACAAGAUCCUUUUCAUUUCGCAACUCAAAGCAGAUGUACACUGGGAUCCCCAUCAUUGCUGCCAAUAUGGAUACUGUGGGUACCUUUGAGAUGGCCAAGGUUCUCUGUAAGUUCUCCCUCUUCACUGCUGUCCAUAAACACUACAGCCUCGAGCAGUGGAAAGAGUUUGCUAGCCAGAAUCCUGACUGUCUUGAGUAUCUGGCUGCCAGCUCAGGCACAGGCUCUUCUGACUUUGAGCAGCUGGAACAAAUCCUGGAUGCUAUUCCCCAGGUGAAAUAUAUAUGCCUGGACGUGGCAAAUGGCUACUCUGAACACUUUGUCGAAUUUGUGAAGGAUGUACGGAAGCGCUUUCCUGAACACACCAUUAUGGCGGGAAAUGUGGUAACAGGAGAGAUGGUGGAAGAGCUGCUCCUCUCUGGGGCUGACAUCAUCAAAGUGGGAAUUGGACCAGGCUCAGUGUGUACCACCCGGAAGAAAACUGGAGUGGGGUAUCCACAGCUCAGUGCGGUGAUGGAGUGUGCAGAUGCUGCUCAUGGACUCAAAGGCCACAUCAUUUCAGAUGGAGGCUGCAGCUGUCCUGGUGAUGUGGCCAAGGCUUUUGGGGCAGGGGCUGACUUCGUGAUGCUGGGUGGCAUGCUGGCUGGGCACAGUGAGUCAGGUGGUGAGCUCAUCGAGAGGGAUGGCAAGAAGUACAAGCUCUUCUAUGGAAUGAGCUCUGAAACAGCCAUGAAGAAAUAUGCUGGGGGCGUUGCUGAGUACAGGGCCUCAGAGGGAAAGACGGUGGAGAUGCCCUUCAAAGGGGAUGUAGAACAUACCAUCCGAGACAUACUAGGAGGCAUCCGUUCCACAUGUACCUAUGUAGGAGCAGCUAAGCUGAAGGAGCUGAGCCGGAGAACUACCUUCAUCUGUGUCACCCAGCAGGUGAAUCCAAUCUUCAGUGAUGUGUGCUAGGCCUUGGCAGUUCUGCCCUCCCAAGGCACCAGCACCUCACUCAUCCCAGCACCUAUGACUAUUACUUGGUUGUUUCACCCCUGAGAGUUCCUCCAGUAAUGCUAUACUUCUCUUAUCUGCACCUACAAAAUGCCCAGGACACUCACUAGGGAGGAAGCAAGGAAGGCAGGCUUAGAAAAUGAAGUUAAGAUAAUCAAAUGAGAAUCUGGGGACCCAGCUCCCAAAGAUUAUUGAAAGAAAAAGAUACUGAUUCAUACACAAGUGUUUUAUAUAUGGCCACGGUCUUAAGAGGUAAGCUUUUAGAAUCAUGUUUUGCUAAUCAGCUUCAUUAAAUAGGAUCUUUGAAUAUCUAAAAAAGAAGUAUUUACAUGAAUUUAACUAUCUCUAUAAAGAGAGAUCCCAAUGACUGUAAAGAUUCUGGGGCUUUCUGCACAAGCCUGGCAUCUGGGUGCUGCUCCAGGGCAGGUAGAGGUGGCACUGACCCAGUGGAGUCAAGGACAGUGAGUCCUUUUCCCAUGAAGCAUCUCCAUUCUAGUCUUCCCCGCCCUGCCCCCAUACCCCUCCCCCCCCAUAACCUGGCAACGUGAGAAUUUACAGAGUAUACAUUCUGGUAUCAGGACAGAGAUAUUUUCAGAAUAGCAAAAGCAAAUUUCUCAUCCAGGUUCCCAGCCUUGGUUAUCUUCCUGGCACUUCUGAACAACACUUUUGAAGGGAAGUAAAAGGGCAAAGGAAUUCAUUUAGAC